AUGGUAGAGAAGUACCAUGAUGCGAUGGCUUUAUGUAGAUGGUUUGGAAAUCCUGAUUUAUUUAUCACCUUCACAGCAAAUCCAAAUUGGCCAGAGUUGACAGAGCAUCUACAAACUUAUACUACAGAAGGAUCGAACUUAAGGCCUGACCUUCAAUCAAGAGUCUUCAAAAUGAAACUAGACGAGAUGCUGGGAGAUUUUAACAAAGGACUCUUCUUUCCUCUUCCUGUAGCAGUAGUGUACACAAUAGAGUUCCAGAAACGAGGUCUCCCCCACGCACACAUUCUAUUGUGGCUAGAAGGUACAAGCAAAAACCCAGAACCAGUUGUGAUUGACAAAUUCAUAUCAGCUGAAUUACCAGAUAAGGAAACAGAUACGGAAGGCUUUGAACUGGUUGAGCAGCAAAUGAUGCAUUGGCCUUGUGGUUUAGAAAGACCGUUCUCACCAUGCAUGGAGAAUGGUGCAUGCAGUAAAAAGUUCCCUAGAGCAUUUGUGGACAACACUAGCAUUGACAACUCUGGUUACGUUCUUUACCGGCGACGCAACGAUGAGUCCAAAUUUGUUUUCAAAGGUGUCACAAGAUUAGACAAUCGCCAUGUAGUCCCACAUAACUUCAACCUGCUGAAAAAGUAUAAAGCACAUAUAAAUGUUGAGUGGUGUUGUAAGACAAGCGCAGUGAAGUAUCUAUUCAAAUAUAUCACAAAAGGUGUGGACAAAGCAACGUUUGUAAUAGUGAGACCGAGAGAAGGGAAAAAAAGAAAACACUCUAAAAAAGAAGAAUCUGAACCUAUUGAUGAGAUCAGUGAGUACCUUGAUUGUCGCUACGUCUCUGCAUGUGAAGCAAUUUGGAGAAUAUUUGCAUUCCACAUCCAUUAUCACAAGCCAGCAGUGAUACGACUACAUAUACAUCUUCAAGAUCAACAGAGAUUGCUUUUUGACCAGUUGCAACGUUUGGAGAACAUUCUAUCAAGAGAAGAUGUUGAGAAGACAAUGCUCACUGAAUGGAUGGCUACAAACAAAAGAGAGAAAGAGGCAACUGAUGUAGGAUACAUAUCAAAAAAGAAGGCCUUUGACCUUACAUAUGUAGAAUUCCCAAAAUAUUAUGUGUGGAACUCUACAAAGACCUGGACAAGGAGGAAACAAGGUUUUGCUAUUGGCAGGAUAGUACAUAUCCACCCAUCAGCUGGCGACUUGUUUUAUCUCAAAAUUUUAUUGAAUAUAGUGAAAGGUGCGACAUGUUUUGAAGACAUUAAGACAGUGGCUGGAGUACUGUAUGCUACAUAUAAAGAAGCAUGCUACAUUAGAGGAAUCCUAGACGAUGAUAAAGAGUGGCAUGAUGUACUUAAAGAGGUGUCACAAUGGGCAACAGCAUAUCAAAUAUGCUAUUUAUUUGUGACACUACUGUUGUACUGUGAAGUAGCUAAUCCACGAGAACUGUGGAACAAAAACUGGAGAUACCUUGCAGAAGAUGUGCAGCAUAACAGAAGAAAGGUCUUUGAUUUCAAUGGUUUGGAUCUCAACAAUGUUGAGCUGGAGCAAUACGCUUUGAUUUAA